UGAUCGUCUUGUGGCAUAGAUGGCAAUACUUCGACCUCUCGACCUCCUGUUCUUCCACCCACCAUUUCCAAUAGCAAAGGUACACAAAAGAACCAGCACAAACCCAACAACAUACUACUAGAGUUGAAAGUUUCUCUUCCCAUUGCUGGCGCAAUCCUCCUCCUUAUCUUGUCAGUAAUAAUAUUUUACUAUGGCUGCUGGAAAAGACCUUCCUCUCCUCCUCAGUCUUCUACACAAUAGAAAAUGGACAAACUGAAAAUUGGGUGGCAUCGAAAUCAGAAACUAUAACUGUAAAUGGAACAGAGCAGGAGCAGGAAGAAGAAGACCAAUUACAUCAAAGUCUUUCACUGCCCAUAUUUACAAACCUUACACAUGAUGAGAUGAUUCAAAUGAAGAGCUAUUGUACCCAACAUUACGAAAUUGGGGAAGGAAGCUUUGGAAGAGUAUAUUUGGGUAUGUUGAAAGAUAAAGAUGUGGCUAUAAAGAAAAUAAAACGUGCAGGGAGAGACAGCAAGAAAUUUAUUGAGAAUGAAGUGAGACUUUUGCAAGGUAAGGAGCACAAAAAUUUGGUCUCUCUAAUUGCAUGGUGUAUUGAAGAAAACACAUUCUAUUUGGUGUAUGAAUAUGUUGAUGGAUGCACUCUGGAUGAGUACUUGAGAGGAAGUUAUGCACAGUUUUCUCUGAAUUGGAACCAAUGCCUGAGGAUAAUAUCAAGUAGAGCUGAAGGAAUAGAAUUCUUACAUCGCAAUAAAAUCAUACAUCUUGAUAUCAAACCUCAGAACUUGAUGGUGGAUAGUAAGGAUAACGAGGUAAAAAUUAUUGACUUUGGGCUUUCAAGGCAUGUGGACUGGGAAGGAACCCACAGAUCAGCUGAUAGAAUAGCAGGUAGUAGAGGGUAUUGGGCUCCAGAGUAUUGUCUCAGCCACAAACUCUCAUACAAGCAUGAUGUUUACAGUUUUGGUAUUGUGGUGUUGGAGGUGAUAACAGGGCAGAAGCAUGUUGACAAUGCACGUGGCUCAAGCCAGUUCCAUAUUCCAGACUAUGUACGUUAUAUGAUGACCUGUAAUCGUUUAGAAGAAGCUUUGGACGAAAGGUUCAAAGUGGAAGGCUUUGAUGAGUGUGAUCUGAGGGAUGCUUUGGCUGUGGCAAAAUUAGCCCUGAAAUGUGCUGAGCCGAACAAGAAAGAGAGACCUGAUAUGAGUUAUGUGGUAAGACUACUCAAUAACAUGAGAAACGAAAAUACUGAAGGAAACUCUUCUGAGGUGGGAGAUUGAUGAUACUAUAAUAUUUGAACCGUAUAGCAUUACAUUUUUCUUAAACUGUAUAUCCUUUUCUUAUACUUAGUACCUCAGCGACUCAGGCAAUUUAUAUGGUAUUCUAUUUCUUAAACUGUUUA